UUGCGAGUAUCUAACUCUAACCCAACUCCAUGUUGGGUGGAACAAAAGGUAUGUGGAGAUAAAUAUAAUGUCCUUACUCAUUCACCUUCUGUCUAAAUAGCAGGAUCUCGCCAAAAUCCAUUUCCCAUUUGGUGUCUUUUUUUGAGGGGUAGUGUUCACUGAGCAUUUUAGCGGUGAGGUCCGCACUGGCAAACUGACUCAGAAACACUCAGGUGAAUUUCCACAGGUGCUGCAGUUUCCCCCUCAACAAGUAACACAGACAGAGAGCUGCUCUGAGGAAUUUUCCCCCAGGGAUUCUCAAAAGACCCCAUUUGCCCAUACUUGAUGGUGGUGGAGCUGACUUUCUGUAGCCAUUGAGUAAUAAACAAGGGUGGUUUUUUCCAUUGUCUGAGGGGAAACAUUUAUCUGAGGUGUUUGGCUAUUCACAGCUUUGUGCUUGAGUUACAUAUUUCUCUGAAGUCAAACCAAAUUCACCUUAAAUUUCCCUCUGCUGCUUCCAAGAGAAAUUGCUCAAGGCAGAAUUGCGAGGAGAGAUUCCCGCUUCCCCUACCAGUGUUCCUUGUAAGCUGAGCGCAUGAGUGGCUGCCUAGGAGAGAUUCGCUGCCUAGCUGAUUAUCAGAACACGCACAGCUGGCGGGGAACAUUGCCUCCCCCAUCCCUUGCUCCUCAAAGGCAUCAACCCCCUCCCUCUGCCCCCACCGGGCAUUCCCAGGUAUGUGCACUUGGGAAAGCAAGACCCUCCUGAGAGAAGCCAACUGGAGUCAUCUGGAGGGCAGAACAGAAACAGGUGCAGAAGGGACUUUAAGACACUGCUGAUGUCCUCAGACUCUUUUUUUUUAAAACCAGCCUAAUUUGAGUUAGAUGCGAAGUGUAACAAACUUGCUGGCUCAUUACUGGGUACUUAGUGCUCACCCUGAUAGAGCUGGAGGGAAAAGAUCUAGUCAGAAGAAGGCUCUUGGGUGCAUGAAAAGGAAGUAACACAAUGAGCUUUGAAGUGUCCAGACAUGUGAAUAGGAGCAGCAGCCUUACUGCUAGCUCUGUGGAGGGAAGGCUGGGUGGCAGGCAGAAUGAGCCGGGACUGAAGGCUGGACAAAGGGUGCAUAGAACCAAGCAGUUUAUAGGCAAGAGGAGUGAGAUGGUAACACACAUGAAUGGCCAGAGUAUGGUGUGGAGUGAGCACAAUGAAACACAGUUGCCCCUACACUGGACUACCAUAAGCAGAGAGCUGGGCACUGUAGCUGUUAGAGUGAGUGCACUCAUGGCAUUUAUUUGUCCUCAAGCAUACUUCUCUCCUGAACACUUGAACUCCAUGAGUAUUUAUGAUGUCCCUCUGAGGGCUACUGCCUCUCAAGCAAUGUGACUUUUCUCGUGUCUGGAAUAGCACAUGGGGGCAUUUUAAGAGCUAGAGAGGGUAGAAUGGUGUCCCCAUCCAAUACCAGACAAAAUCACAUCUGGUUUUGUCCCUGUGCUAGACCGAGGACAAACCUCAAAAAAAAAAAAAAAAAAAAGGGAAGAAGAAGACCGCCUAGUUCAGUUUUGACUGAUAAAGCCUGGUGCAUGGACUGCCGAUAGCAUAGUUGCGGGCCACUUAAGGGUGUUCUGUGUGUGGCCUGUUGGGGUGUUUGUUUACCAUUGCCCGUGCACAGGGUUGCCAUAUUCUGCGGGUUUUCGUUCAUACCAUUUUUUCCCCCUACCAGUAUUACUAAAAUGACAUGCAUGUAAAACAAGGGCAUGGAAAGUGAGGUGCAUGCUGAUUGCAUAUGGUAUUGACUGUGAGAGCAGUGAGCUCCCUCUGAAUCCAAAUGCUGCUAUAGUUCAGUCGGAACAUCCCGUAAAUUCUAGGUACACAAAUGCAGUUAAAAAAACUGCCUUAACCUGGGAGACUGUCUUGGUUAGUACAAUCUUGCAGCCCAUUGAGAUGGAGAGCCACUCAUGCAGCCCACUGACUAGCCACGAUUUCCCCUCACUGCUAAAGCAUAUGCCUCUGAACUCAUGGUACACAGAAUACCCUAUUAGCAGACAUCUAGAGGGCACUUUGUAUUAUGGAGUUUGCAAUGAUGCCCUCUAGUGGGAUCAGUUACAGUAGUUUGAAGAUACAUUAAUUUUUGCCCUUCAAACUUCCUGUCCUUUUACCUUCCUGUCAGAUUUUCAGAUGGCCAAUGAAGCGAGACCUUGCCCAUGUGACAUUGGAGACAGGUUUGAGUAUGGGGGCCUUGGGCAGGAAGUGCAAGUUGAGCACAUCAAGGCAUAUGUUUGCAAACCAUCCGCAAGCAUGGAAAAAGCUGUGAUUGUGAGUCAAGAUAUAUUUGGAUGGCAACUCCCAAAUACCAGAUACAUAGUUGACAUGCUGGCAGCUAAUGGAUACAUAGCCAUCUGUCCAGACUUCUUUGUGGGACAAAAACCUUGGGAACCUUCUGAUGAUUGGUCCACUUUUACUGACUGGCUGAAAACUCGAGAUGCCAGCAAGGUGGAAAGGGAAGCUGAUGUUGUCUUAAAGUAUUUAAAGGAGCAGUGCAAUGCAAAGAAGAUUGGUGUUAUUGGAUUUUGCUGGGGCGGAAUGGCUGUACAUCAUUUGAUGCUGAAAAAUCCUGAAUUAAAAACUGGAGUGGCAAUCUAUGGUGUAAUUAAGUACUUUGAGGAGAGAUACAGUUUGCUCCAUCCCACGUUCUUCAUUUUUGGUGAAAAUGAUGAUUACAUCCCUCUUGAACAAGUCACCUUGCUGGAGCAGAAACUAAAACAACACUGUGAAGUUGAUUACAGAGUUAAAAUUUACCCUGGACAAACUCAUGGUUUUGUACAUCGCAAGAGAGAAGACAUGAACCCUCAAGAUAGACCUUACAUUGAGGAAGCAAGAAAGGACAUGCUUAACUGGUUAAAUAAAUACCUUUAACAAAAAUAUGUGCCAAAUCUGUAAAACACAAUCAAGUAAUUUGUUAGGCAGACUUCAGUGCAUGCUGUAAUUUUAUUUUUGGAAAAAAUUAAAAAUCAUUGUAAAUUUGUUAGAAGUUUGAAAAAUACUUGUUACUUUUCAGUAGUAACUAUAGCAACUUUUAUCUAGUUUUGAACUUCCUUGAAUAAGUUGAUGCCAAAAUAUUUUCAAAUUUAGAACCCCUUAAAUAUAGAAGAAGAAGAAAAUUGAAAUAUGUCCUACACAUUGUAAGAUUGUUACAAUAUGCUGCGAGAUAUAUACCCUUAUCUAAUGGGUACAUAUAACCCCUUCAUGAGUAAUUGUGAUAAAAGCUAAUAAUAGUUGUGUGAACGCACUGAGACAAUAUUUCCCUGCAGCCAUUCCACAGUAUGUUAGCUAUAGACUGUUCCCUUAGCUGUGGUAUUGUCAGCUGUAAGGUAGGCGGGACAUUAUUUAGAUGGGAGAAUUCCCAGGAAAGUACAAAUAGCAUCAGUGACUCUAGGGCAAUGUCUAGGAGGGUUUGGGGCCUGGGGUACUUCCUCUGCCCAAGGCUUGAGGCUCAAGGCAACCCCCUCCCCCCGCCAUGGGUCCUGCCCUGCCUCUGCUUCACCCCUGCCCACUCCA